CUCCUCCUCCUCCCCCUCCUCCUUUUCUUCCUCCGCCCCCUCUCUCCUGCCAGACUCCUCCCUCAUCGUGUUACUUGACUCACAGAGCACAUUGGCAGUCCUACGAGGGACUGGUGCUUCGUUCAGUCGCUUGCUUUUUCGCGGGUGACCAGCAAUUGCUCAGGAAUAUCUUUAAUGAUUGGCUAUACUACUUCCUUGCAUCACUGCCUGAGCUUUUCGUUUCCAAGAGAUGUGAUAUGAACUGCUGCCCCUUAUAUACUGUACAUUGAAGAAUUCAACGAAGCGGAUGCAUUCAUGCCCUUGAGCUCAAAUUUGAAGAUCAAAGCUGAAUUUCUGUAAAGAGUUGCCAAAAUGAUGACAUCAGUGUCACGCGACCCUAUUGUAGAAGACGAGCAGCUGGAUGCAGUGGAAGAACACGCCGAGCCGAGGGGGUCACCCCCUCCUCCUCAAGGUGCUGGGAGAACUGUCCUGGAAGCCAUGAGGCUAUGGCUUUUGCAGCUUUGUACCCUAUCGAGAGACCUCAGAGCCCUCUAUCGGUAUGUGCGACUAAAACUGAAAAUUCAUCAUGCCCAGAAAAAACGACUACUCAGUCCCAAAGAUCUUCCAAGAGGUCACUCGAAAGCAACCGAAUAAAAUUGCCUUCUACUUCGAAGAAGAAACUUGGACCUUUUCGCAGGUUGACGAGUACAGCAAUCGUGUUGGGAAUUAUUUUGCCUCUAAGGGAAUCAAGCAUGGGGAUGCUGUGGCAUUGUUCAAGGAGAACUCUGUGGAAUAUGUUUGCCUAUGGCUAGGUCUCUGCAAAAUUGGAGCAGUUCCAGCUUUAAUAAAUUAUAACCUCAAAGAUGAUCCUUUAAUGCACUGUAUCAAGAUUGCUGACUGCAAAGCUAUUAUAUGUGGAAAGGAGACUCAAGAUGCACUGAAUGAACUGAAAGAUGAAGAAAUUUGCAGCCUUCCCCAUUAUGUUGCAAAUGCAUCUCAGGAAGAGAUAAAAAUGAAAGAUGCUGUGAAUCUUAAUGCAGCCUUGGCCACAGCUGAAAGCAGUACGCCCCCACAAUUGAAAAAUGUUGGCUUUGUUGACAAAAUGGUCUACAUUUACACUUCUGGCACAACUGGCUUGCCAAAGGCAGCUGUAAUCAAACAUUCAAGGGCAGCAUUUGCAGCUAUUGGAAUGAGGACUAUGAUCGGUGUAACAUCUUCUGAUAUCAUAUAUGACCCUCUACCCUUAUACCAUACUGCUGGGGGUAUCCUAGGGGUAGGACAAACUCUUUUACAGGGAAAUUCAACUGUUAUAAGACGGAAAUUCUCUGUUUCCCAGUAUUGGUUGGACUGUGCAAAGUAUGGGUGUACGGCUGCACAGUACAUUGGAGAAAUAUGCCGCUAUCUCCUUACAGUUCCAGAGAAACCAGAGGAUAAACAGCACAAGGUUCGUCUCAUGUUUGGCAAUGGUUUGAGACCUACAAUAUGGGAGGACUUCCAAAAGAGGUUUGCAAUUCCAAAAAUUUGCGAAUUCUAUGGCUCAACAGAAGGAAAUACUAAUAUCAUAAAUAUGGAUGGCAAGGCUGGAGCUGUUGGAUUCGUGUCUGUCUUGUUCCCAAAAGUAUAUCCUGUGGCACUCUUAAAGAUAGAUGAAGAAACAAAGGAAAUUGUUCGUGAUGCCAAUGGUUUAUGUGUCAAAUGUCAGCCAGGUGAAGCAGGUGAAUUCAUUGGGAAGAUUGUCAAAAAUGACCCUGUACGAGAUUUUCAUGGUUAUGCUGAUGAAAAAGCAACAGCCAAGAAGAUUGUGAGAGAUGUAUUUGUAAAGGGAGAUUGUGCCUUCCUUUCAGGAGACAUCCUUGUGAUGGAUUAUGAAGGCUACCUUUACUUCAAGGACCGCACUGGAGAUACUUUCCGUUGGAAAGGUGAAAAUGUUGCAACAAGUGAAAUUGAGGGAGUUAUUUCCAAAGUCAUAGGACAUGGAGAUGUUGUUGUUUAUGGUGUUGAAGUCCCUGCAGCAGAAGGUCGUGCAGGUAUGGUAGCUAUUUUAGAUGAAGAUAAAACAUUAGAUUUCAGUCUACUACACAGUGCUGUCACCAAAUCGCUACCCUCUUAUGCCAGACCAUUAUUUGUCAGGAUUGUCAAGGAAUUGGAAAAGACAGGUACUUAUAAAUUGAAGAAGGUAAAACUACAGGAAGAAGGAUUCAACCCCAGCACUAUUCAGGAUUGUUUGUAUUUCUUGGAUGGCAAGCAAAAGUCAUAUGUUCCUCUUACUGCAGACCUGUAUAAUAAGAUUAUCACUGGUGAAGUACGAGUGUAAUGCCAUGGGUCCUUUUUAAAGUAUUUUAAGUACUUCAAUCAACUUUUAUGAAUUUGUGUUCUACAUGACUUUUGCUUAGUGAAAAAGUGAAAGUUUACAUUGUUUAUACUUGUUUAUACUUGUAAUAGGUGAACUAUAUUUCUGUAAUUAUACUGACUGUAGGAAGAGCACCCAAAUUUUUGCAAGCUCAUGAUGGUUUAGUUUUCUAAUCAAGUGACUUUGCAAUGGAAAUAGAAGGGAACUUCUUAAAUACUAAUGUAAAAGGACUGGAGCUAAAGUGCAAAAUUGGAGGUACUGUAAUAUGUGAGCUACUUUUGCUUUAGGGGAAUAUUUUCAGCACACCCUCACUACCUAUUUUGAAAAUUCUGGUAAUAAAUGGCACCUUUCCUCCCUUGCUGUAGGACAGCAAAGUAUUGCAAAUAAGAUUUAUUUACUCAUAACCAAGAAAAGUUUUGAGAAACUUGUAAAAAGGAAAAAAUCUAUUUUGUAAACAACUUGAAAAUUUCACUGCACAAAUAAAGAAGAAUUAAUAAUGAAAAAGUGAAUAAAUGUGAAAGCAGUUAAUUUUGCAAAUGUAAUUUGGUAGGUAUUACAUAAUGAAAGGAACUAUUAUAGUAUAGUACAAUAGCUGCAGGUAUCCAGCCUACAUCUACUACAAUUAUACUCCAACAGUCUAGUAUAUAACCCAUUCUUAAUUUAGAGGGCUGAUAUUUUGCUAACUGUGUAUUGUUAGUUUUUAAUAACCAUUUUAAGAUAAGGAUAAAAUGGACAGAGUACAGGUUGAAAAUCACAUUACAGUAUAAUUCGUCAAGUGUUUGUUUACUUGAAUUUAUAUACAGUGGUUCAAUCAGACCAGUGAGUCACAUUUCCAGGCUCUUAUAGAACAGGCCUACAGAAUUUCUUUUUACAUUAAAAAAGUAAUAAUUGCAGCUCAGUAGAAGGGCAGAUGAAAUGGAAGAAAAUAGUAUUCCUUGAGUUAGAUAGAAAACUGCAAAGAACCCUUGUAUAUCAUAUGAAGUGCACCAUACAAACACUGAGAAGGUAAUAAAGAGAAGUUGAAUGUAUUGUAAGUGACUUGCAUGCAGGGUUCAUAAUAAAGGAUAAUCUGA